AUGAAGGCUGAUGGCCAUACCGUGGCCUCUUUCGACGUGCUGUACGGGGAUCCCAAGCCCAUGAAACAAGAUGUUAUGAAUUUACUUACACCAAGUGGAUUCGCGUUGGCCGCUUUGGCAAUCCUCAACUGCAAAAUGGAUGGCUUUGUCAGCUUCCUUGGUCUUCUUUGCAGCAGCUAUGAAAAUGAAGCCAUGAGGAAGGAGCUUGACAAGUUGAAAGCAAACAAGAGUGCCAAUGAACUGCAAACACCGCCUCCAAAGCUCAAGGCUGACAACAAGAAGGUCAAGUUCGGGUCUCUCGCCGCUUUGGAGGACGCAGUGGGCAUCCUGAACAAGCAGUACGAGGACUCUGAGAGCACGAGGGCGGAAUGCAGCCAGCUCAAAAAGAAGGACCUUCCUAAGGAUACCUUGGAUGAGCCAAAACCUUACUUGUGCUCCAAGGUGACCACUGCAGAGGCCAAUGGAAAGAGCCUUGCAAGCAUGACGCGGAAUGCCUUCUUCAAUCCCUGCCCUCCACCAUUUGGUGACCGCACGAAAGAUGACAAGAAGACCUGCAAUGUCCUGCGGAACUGCGCACGCUUCAUCGGAAAUGGGGCCGGGAACCCCAUCUAUCAGAGGAAGGUUGCAAUGACUUGGGAGGACGAGAACCUGUACCAAGACUACUUUGAUCGCGGUCUAGAAUGCGCCAACCCUCCUGCUCCAAGAUCUUGCCAGGUCCCAUGCUCCCAUGUUGUUGAGAUGGCGAAGGCGCAGGUGGAAAGCAAUCCACACGCAAGCCCUGCGUUGAAAGAGUUUGCACGCAUCCGGCCUGAAGAUGCUGAGACGGCAUGCCAUGAGGUGUUGACCAAAUAUGGUUUUAGUGUGCCCAUUCCAGUUGAGACUUUGAACAUUGGACCUGGUCAAUUGAAGGCCUGCCCUUUCGUUCGUCCUAGUGCAUGGGCGACGUACUUACUCAACAAAGGCAUUUUGCCGAGGCAGUUAGUGGGGGUGGCAGAUCGUGCACAAAUGGAGGAAACUUUGAGGGAACAUUGGAAACGGUACCAGGUCCUCUUUCCAAACCAUCCGAUCUUCCGGCUAGCGCUGGAGGGGACUGUGCAGCUUCAGCGCUGCGUUCCAAUUCUGUCGCAUAGCGACGAAGGCAGAUCGACGAAGCACCUACCGCUGUUCGUCAUGAGUUUCCACGGAGCUUUGGGGCGGGGCACGCAGUUGUAUGUGCAGAAGCAAAAGCAUCUUGCACCGCUUCAUCGACGACAAUUUGGCCUCAAUUUUCUUGGACAAUCAUGGGGAACACAAUUUUUGUGCUUUGCCAUUCUGAGAGAAAUGGUUGAUGAUAACCCUGAUGCUUUGAAAACGUUGAUUCAACACUUUGCAAGGGACUUUCAGCAACUUGCAGAAGAAGGAAUUGUGGGUGAUGAUGGGUACAGAGUCUGGCUGAUCCACAUAUCGACGAAAGGUGAUCUCCCUGCGCUCACCAAACUGUCGAACUCAGGCCGCUCAUUUUGGCAUGUUGCGAGGGCUGCGACAUCCCGCAAGCCUUGUGAUGGCAUAUGCCAUUUGUGCAAAGCGGGUUCAGAGAAGCCUCCAACUCCGUAUCCUUUCGAGGAUUUUUCCCUGAGCCCCAAAUGGGCCGCUACGCUAUAUGAUAUCCCCUGGGGUCAGUUGCCACCCAUUUUGGAAGGAUUCAGCCUGGCCAAUAGCAACAUGGAGCAAGGGUUCGAUGGCAACACACCUGAUGAAAUAUUUGGAGAAUUUGUGUUCAAGAUUUGUUGUGGGCAAAACGCAGGAUGA